AUUUUGAGCUGCGCCGCUAAUUUCAAUAUCUCUCCUCCACUUGUGACAAACCACGGAACGAGGCCGUGUAUACUGUAUUGUGUGUGGAUAAUGGAGCCGUUUUGUGUAGACUGCUGAGUUUUUAACUGCCAAAGCUCUAAGCCCAGAGGAUUAAUUUCUUAUCAUUGUUUAGGUUUACUGGGAGUGAGCUUGAAUUUUUUCUGCUAAAGCCUCUUUUUUUUGGGGGAAAAAAGUAUUAUUGCGGUGAUUGAAUAGGUGCAGAGCUGAUUGUGUAGUUUGUUAGAGGGAAUGAAGAUUGCGAUAUGUGCUAGCCUCCCCAGACCUAGUCUUCUGCUUGUGCAUUGCGACUUGCCUGCUUUCGCUUUCCAUGGAUCAAAAUCAGUAUCUAUCUUGUCUAGUAGUUGUAUCAAGAGAUGUAGACUGGUGAUGAGUAUUCAUUCCUCUGUUGCUGGCCGAACCAGUUCAUCCACCUCCAAAAACGUGUCUUUGUCGAGGGGAGAUAAAUAUAAAAGCGAGAGGAAUCCUUCUUCAUUUUACACUCACCCUAGUUUAUUAGAGCUGAAGAACGAAAGGAUUGCUAAUCGUGCCCGUGUUUAUGACUUCUUAAAAGGUAUUGGCGUCGUUCCUGAUGAGCUUGAUGGAUUAGAGCUUCCUGUCACUGUUGAGGUCAUGAGAGAGCGCGUGGAUUUCCUUCACAAGCUAGGGCUUACGGUUGAAGAUAUCAACAAUUACCCUCUUGUUCUUGGCUGCAGCGUGAAGAAGAAUAUGGUUCCGGUGCUGGAUUUCCUUGGCAAACUCGGUGUCAGGAAAUCUACUUUCACCGAGUUCUUGCGCAGGUACCCUCAAGUCCUCCAUGCUAGUGUUGUGGUUGACCUUCAACCAGUUGUCAACUAUCUUCAGGGCAUGGAUAUUAAGCCUAAUGAUAUUCCUCGAGUUCUUGAGAGAUACCCGGAAGUUUUGGGAUUCAAGCUUGAGGGCACCAUGAGUACUUCUGUUGCUUAUUUGGUUGGGAUCGGAGUAGCUAGGCGUGAGAUUGGAGGAGUGUUAACUAGAUACCCGGAGAUAUUGGGUAUGCGAGUUGGUCGAGUGAUUAAACCAUUUGUGGAGUAUUUGGGAAGCUUGGGAAUACCUUCCCUAGCUGUUGCUAGGUUGGUUGAGAAGCUGCCUCAUAUCCUUGGUUUUGGACUUAACGAGAGGGUGAAACCGAAUAUCAAACUGCUUUUAGAGUGUAAUGUUAGACAGAAGUCACUUGCAAAUGUGAUUGCUCAAUAUCCUGAGAUCAUGGGCCUCGACCUGGAAUCGAAGCUUCUCAGUAAACGUGACUUUCUCAACUCUGUUGUAGAAACAAGUCCCGAAGAAUUUGGGAAGAUAUUGGAAAAGAUGCCUCAAAGUGUAGUUCUCAGUGACAAAGCAAUUGUGAGGCAUGUCGAUUUCCUAAAGGAAUGCGGAUUCUCUGUAGAACAAGUGAGGAAGAUGGUGGUCGGGUGUCCACAGCUGUUGGCCUUAAACAUUGACAUCAUGAAGCUAAGCUUCGAUUUCUUCAAGUCUGCAAUGGGUAGGCCGUUGGAUGAUUUAGUGGCUUUCCCGGCUUACUUCACUUAUGGCCUAGAGUCCACUGUUAAGCCAAGACAUAGGAUGAUUGCGCAAAAGGGUAUCAAGUGUUCUCUUGCUUGGCUCCUCAACUGUUCGGAUGACAAAUUUGAAGACCGGAUGAACUACGACUCUAUUGACAUGGAAGAGAUGGAGGAUGAUUCGUCGUUUCACCUAGAUAGCUUGAUGAAGCCCAGGACUCAAGUCUCGGAUUCUGAGAGUGAUAUCGAUGAUGAGUAUGCUUGAGUAUGUUUGGAUUUGUAUUUGUAUUAGAUGAGAGAUUUUGUAGGGAACAAGAACUGCUAAAUCAAUAGUAUAAUUAGAAGGAAUUGACUUGUUACUGUCUCACCUGUUGUGGAAUUAGUGGAGAAACUUGUGUUGAUGGUAAUGGAAGACAGAUGUGGGAAAUUACAAAUUGUGGUGAAA